AUGAGAGACUCAACUGUGGUGUUGGUUCUUUUUCUUGUUUUGUGUAUGCACAAUGGCAACGUACAAUCUUCAGACGUGAAAUCAGAGGUGAAGUUUGAUAUGGGAGGCUUGAGUAGAGCGAGUUUUCCCAAAGGCUUUCUAUUUGGUACGGCCACAUCUGCUUAUCAGGUUGAAGGCAUGGCUAGUGGAGAUGGCAGAGGACCUAGCAUUUGGGAUGCUUUCGUUCAAGUUCCAGGAAAUAUUAAGGAAUUGGAUUCUGGAGAGAUGGCGGUUGAUCAGUAUCAUAAAUACAAGGAAGAUAUUGAUUUGAUGCACAAGUUGAAUUUCGAUGCAUAUCGAUUUUCAAUCUCAUGGUCAAGGAUAUUUCCGAAUGGCACAGGGUAUGUAAAUUGGAGGGGAGUGAACUAUUAUAACAGGUUAAUCGAUGCCUUGAUAGCUAAAGGAAUAACUCCUUAUGCAAAUCUAUAUCACUACGAUAUGCCUCUAGCUCUUCAGCUGAGAUAUGAGGGGUUGCUUAGCAUCAAUGUCGUGAAGGAUUUUGCUGAUUAUGCUGAGUUUUGUUUCAAGACAUUUGGUGAUAGGGUGAAAAACUGGAUGACUUUUAAUGAGCCAAGGGUCAUCGCAGCUCUUGGGUUUGAUAGCGGCUCGAAUCCUCCUAAUAGGUGCUCCAAGCCGUAUGGAAACUGUACGGCGGGCAAUUCGGCCACUGAGCCCUAUAUUGCAGCACAUCAUUUGAUACUGUCUCAUGCAGCAGCCGUCAAAAGAUAUCGCAAAAGAUAUCAGGCGAAACAACAGGGAAGAAUCGGAAUUUUGUUGGAUUUCGUCUGGUACGAACCUUUGACAAGUUCACUGGAGGAUAAUUAUGCUGCUCAAAGAGCAAGAGAUUUUCAUAUUGGCUGGUUUCUACACCCUUUAGUCUACGGAGAAUAUCCGAAAACGAUGCAGAACAUAGUUGGUGAAAGGCUUCCGAAGUUUACUAAAAGAGAGGUCAACAUUGUGAAAGGCGGGUUUGAUUUCGUUGGCGUUAACCACUAUACAUCUUACUACAUGUAUAACCCGAAUUGGACUGAAACUUCUCCACCGGGCUAUCAGGCAGAUUGGAAUGUUGGAUUUGCCUUUGAAAAGAACGGAGUUCCGAUUGGGCCAAGGGCAAAUUCUGGUUGGCUUUAUAUAGUGCCAUGGGGUGUCAACAAGGCCGUUACAUAUGUAAAAGAGAACUACGGAAAUCCAUAUAUGUUUCUCUCCGAAAAUGGAAUGGACGACCCAGGUAAUGUCACUUAUCUUGAGGGAUUGCAUGACAGUACGAGAAUAAAUUACUACAGGAGCUAUCUACAAGAGUUGAAGGCAGCCAUCGAUAAUGGAGCGAAUGUGAAUGGCUACUUCGCUUGGUCGCUGCUUGACAACUUUGAGUGGCUGUUGGGCUAUACCGCUAGGUUCGGCAUCGUUUACAUGGACUUCAAUGACCUCUCCAGACACCCGAAGAUGUCUGCCUAUUGGUUCAAGCAAUUACUAGAAAAGAACUAA